UUCAGCAAUUUCGUACGGUGAUGGAGCUUCUAUAUCUUCUCUGCUCUUUGCUUUACAACUCCAUCACUUCCCUCGCCCGCUCUUUCCUCAUCCUCCUCCCCUUUCGCCGCCUCUUCUGCGCCCGCCGCGCCGCCCAACACGCACCCUCAGUUUCACUCUACCAAGGCACCGUAUGGCACGAGCGCCGCCGCCCCCUCCACCAUUCUUUCCAAUAUUCUGUCCGUUACGCGCUUUUUGACCUCGACCACGCGCUUCACGCGCCGCCUGACCACCUCUCUGCUUCCCAAGCUCGCAGCUUUUCCGGUACCAAUGGCCCCGUUUUCUUGUUGACAAUACCCCCAAGUGUUGGCUAUGAGCAAAAUCCCUUGAGUGUGUACUAUUGCUAUGAUGUUGAAGGUUCCUCACAUCAUUUGAAGAAAUGCAUUGCUGAGGUUACAAAUACACCGUGGGGGGAAAGAAUAUCAUUCUUGUUCAACCCAGAUUCUGAUAUGGUUGCAAAAGCUCUACACGUUAGUCCUUUUAAUGAUAUGCUCGGGAGUUGGAGGAUCAAAACUAAUGCACCGGGAGAGAAUCUUUUGGUAACGGUUUCAGUUAAUCAUCCUACACAUGGUGACUAUUUCACGGCUUCAUUGGUGGCUAAAAGAGUCUCGUCUUCUACACUGAUCGAUCACACACUAUUCUUCUGGCUGAUGCCUCAUAAGGUUGCUUUUUGGAUAUAUUGGCAGGCUCUCAAACUUUGGUGGAAAGGUUUAUCAUUCGUACAGCAUCCACGGUGUUACAAUCCCGGAUAUAGAGGAGAAGCUCUAGCUCGUGAUGAAAAGCUUCAUUGUUGUCAAGAAUUUGGCUUUAACUCUCGUACCCAUCAAGAAGCUGAAGAAAGGCGGUCCAGAUCUUCUCGAGACUCAAAUUCAAGAACACAUUGCUUCACUUGGAGGGAUGCCAAGUGGCCCUGGUGCUAAUUAAAUAGAAGAAAUCUGUGUGGCAGGCAAUGCAAUCGUGAAGAACACGCCAAUUAUUGACUUGUUCGUUAUGCAGCCAGCCAUGGACAUGACAACGAGUCGAGACAACAGGUUUGUAUUGUGUCGUCUUUGUAAUUUUAGUCCCGUACGUAGCAGAAUGCACCUUGCACGAAUAUUUCACCGGGCUAGCGCCUAUAGAUGCCGUUGAUUCUAGCUGCUAUGAACUUGCAGCUUCAUGGAGUAGCUAGCUGGAAAAUUGAUCUGUUAAGAAGGAAUUUUUAUUUAUUGGUAGAUUAUAUACAGUGUUU